AAGGAAGCGAUGCUCCACUCCCUUCUGACCCAAAGAGGGCGCUCAAGAGACCGUGUGCCAUGCAAGCCUACAUAGGGACCACCAAACGCAGCAUUGCCCUAACACGACUCAGACUCGCGAGAUGUGCGCAACGAGAAGAGACUUACUCUGUCCCAGUUAGCAAAACUGAGUGAGGAAGGCAGCAAGUAGGAAAUUAUAGAAAACUAGAAGGUGGCCUCUUGGAUGUAACCAUCAAUAAAUACUGUUUUACAGUAUGUUGUUACUGCAUCUGUUAAUCAGAAAACAGAGGCGAUUACCAGUGCUGUUGACAGGCUUUUUAAAUAAGGACAGAUUUCUGUACAAGGCCUUUGCUACUUCUUCCCCUCUUUAUGGAAAGAAGAAAAAGAUAAGUGAAUAUGAAAACAUUGACCAAGAAAAGUAUGGAGAUUUGGUCCGUGAUCUUGUUUCCUUCCGGGACAGUUUCCAAAGACCUGAACAUUUGUUUGCAGAAGAUGAACUGCUUUAUGGACCUGAAAGUAAAUAUAAGCCUCCAACUAAAGAGGUUGAACCGCAACUUAUUGGGAACUGGACUCCUCUAAUGAAUCCUUGUAAGAGUUCUUUACCCCCACAAACUGUCCUUGAUCUGCCCUUGCAAAUUAGUUUGGAAAAGAGGAAUUUAGCCAGUGUGACAGCUGUGCUGCAGCAGACCAUGCCUCUGGAGCAGGCUUUUCAUUUGGAGAAGUGGAGACAGCGAAUGAUUUUGGAACUUGGAAAAGAGGGUUUUGCAGAAUACACUAAAAAUAUCUUUCAAAAAGGGAAGUGCUUUCAUGCAGCCAUGGAAAGCUUAUUGUUAGGUGAUGAUAUUUCUGUGAAGGAGCAGGAAGAAGACACUGGUGGCUCUGGAUUCGUGAAGAGUGUAAAGCAUGUGCUACAGGAAGUCACUGGAGUGAGAGCCCUUGAAAGUGCAGUACAGCAUGAGACACUUGGUUAUCAAGGCCUAGUGGACUGUGUGGCAGAAUAUCGAGGAAGAUUGUGUGUAAUUGACUGGAAGACUUCAGAGAAAUCGAAACCAUUUCUCCGUAAUACAUUUGACAGUCCACUACAGAUUGCAGCAUACAUAGGAGCCAUUAAUCAUGAUAACAAUUACAACUUCCAGGUUGAUUGUGGACUUCUUGUCAUUGCCUACAAAGACGGUUCUCCUGCACAUCCUCACUUCAUGGACUCUGAACUGUGCUCUCAGUACUGGAAGAAAUGGUUACACCGUCUGGAAGAAUAUAAAAAGAAAAGGAAGGGCAGUGACACUGUUUAAAAAGUGUCCUUAAAAUUAAAACUCCCAGUUUACAGAUUGAGUACUUGUUGAACUUAGUCCGCCAUUGGAGUUCCCUGUCUUGUGCUUUCCUCAUAAAGUUGCAGAGGGACAUUUGCAGGCACAGGGUAUCGAUACCUACGAAAAUGAUUUAUCACAUGAUUCCUCAAAUAUGCUCAUUUUCUCAUCAAGUUGUUUCCAACCUACGGUUCAGAGAAGAUAUACCGUUGCCCUCAUCUGAGAGAAUGUGCCUUAUCCAGGGUCACCCAGGGAUUUCCACGGCUGAGUAGGGAUUUGAAUCUUUGUCCAGCAUUUAAACCAUCAUAUAUUGUUGCCUCUGCCCAUUUUUUAGAGCAGAAGUCAGUUAUGUUAUGAAAUUAGAAGCCCAGUGGUGUGAAAGUAAUGUUGGGAGCCAGGGCUUGUAACAAAAAGGUUUUUUUGCUGUUCAUUCUUGUGUACAAAUGCCCCUUGUGGUGUUGCGUUGUCAUUAUCUAGUUAUCCCACAGGUUUGAGCAUACAUACUGGCAAGGUAAUAUAUGGUUCUGCAUUCAAAGAUGAAUUUUAUUGUGUUUCUUUAGCUGUAAAGUGAGAAACUUUCAGUAACUAAGGGAACCAAAACAGAUCAUGCCUUUGAGUCCUGUUUGGAGCGAGGUGGGAUAUAAAUAAAGUUUAUGGUGCUCAAUGGAAUCUUAUUUCUAAUUUGCAUGCUGACAGGAAAAAAAGCAAAACAGUCACCUGCCUCCAAUGCCUUUUCACUGAUUCUUACAACUGUCUGCUUCAUCCCAGAUCUGUCUGGAAAAAGUACUUUACAAAAAAUUGUUUGGACCUAGUGAUUAGGCGGUGAAGUGGGGAAGAGAACUUAGAAUAAAAUACUAUGUAUUUUAAGUUGGGAUAUAUGUAGUAAAUGGAGCGCUACAUUUUUAAAAUUGAUUUUUUAAUUCAAAAUCCCCAUCACCUGUGUUUAGGUUCAAUAAAUUUGUUUUGUUAAAUUACAA